CCGGCUGCUCUCUGACCACGUGAUUCUGCAAAGUCAAGCGAGUCUCCUGCUGAUCAUAAACACAGAACCGACCCGCAGCAGAACCAGCUGAACCUUUUUGAACCUGUUAAAGCCCUGUAAGAACCGUGUUGGAGCCCCGCGGAAGAUGAACAGUGUGGGGGAGGGCUGCACGGAGCUGAAGAGGGAGUAUGAUCAGUGUUUUAACCGCUGGUUCGCUGAGAAGUUCCUGAAGGGAGAGCGGAGUGGAGACCCCUGCACUGAGCUCUUCAAGCAGUACCAGACCUGCGUACAGAAAGCCAUCAAAGAGAAGGACAUUCCUAUCGAUGGUGUGGAGUUCAUGGGGCCAAACAAGGAGAAGCCUGGCAGUUGAUGUGAUCUGAAUACAGGGCUGCUGUCCUUCACCCAGACUCUAUCCACGGCUGGAUGGCCCACCUGAUCUUCCUGAGCUGCACUGGUGACGUUUGCAUCAUCAGGAAACACAAGACAUGAGGACUUGAUUUUGGGACUGGGGGUAGAAUGUAAAACUGAAUGACUGAGUAAUAAAUGUAUUGUAGGAUCCUGGUACUACUUCAAUAUUUUAAACUCGGUCAGUGAAUCACUAAAAAAGUGAUAUAUCUGGUGGGUUUACUCAACUCGUCAGUAACUUGAGCAUGCACGUCUCAGGUAGCUGGUGGAGGAUGUUAUGCAUUCUUGCAUUGAAUGGCUGUUUAAAUUAUUGGGUAACUGGAAUAACACGCAGCUAUUACAUAUUAACAUGCCUGAAAAUGUGACUAAAUAAUGUGUUUUUGUAUAUUAAUAGAUUUGAGGAGUGGAAAUCAAAGUGAAAAAUAUGAAGAAAUAAAAUGAAUGAAAUCCAGGAA